CGUUUCUUGAUCACACCACAGCUGUUCGUUAUUGAUGCAGGGCCCACGCUAUCCGGCCUCACCAAUCAGAACUGGCCGCGUGGGACAGGGUUUGAUGCUGACGCAUUUUUAUAACUUGUUGAAUGAAACUUCAAAGCUCUCUUCCUGGAAGAGCCUAUUUCUCUUUCAGUGGUGUCACCUCAAACACCUACACUGUGUGUGAGUGAGUGGGAAUUUUGAUGUGUUUUUUUGCAAGGUGAGAGUGGUUUUGGAGGUGUUGUUGUCUUAGCUAAUUGUGCUGGUUUCAUAUUGAUCUUGCUAUCUUUGUAGAGGUGUGUUGUCUGACUUUGUUGGGCUGCCUUCACACAGCUUUUUUUAGAGGCAUAAUUUUGAGGCAUGGAUAGUUGUCUUCCUGAUUGGAACACUGAUGUUGGAGGUGAAUUUCCUGUCCCUCUUCAAAGAAAACCCCUUGGAUUACAGAAUGAGUUGGUUGAACUAUUGUGGCAAAAUGGGGAGGUUGUGUUGCAUAGUCAAACCAAUAGGAAACAAUCAAAGCAAGCUACUUUGAUUCAAGGUGGUGAUGACGAUGAGACAGUUUCAUGGAUUGAUUGCCCUAUUGAUGAAUCAUUUGAGAGGGAGUUCUGUGCUAAUUUCUUGUCUGAGAUCCCUCCAUCCUUGGAUGAAUCGAGCAAGAAGCCGGAUGGCGAAAGGGAGUUCAAAUUUGGCGAAUCGUCCGAGGUUAUUCACCAAGGUUUUGCCCCGUCUCUGCCUCCACCUCCACCUAGAUUUGAGGAGGGUGUGGCCGGGAAGAGCGUUGAGUGCUCUGGCAUGACUGUCGGGUCGAGCCAUUGUGCGAGCAACCAAGUUGUGAAUGAAGUGGACAUGAGUUGGGCUUCUAGCCGUGGGGCUGGGAGGGGGAAAAACGAGGGCGUGGAGAGGGAGGUGCCCGGGCAGGCUAGGACGUCUUGCUCUGGUGGAUCCGGUAGUGGUAGCUUGUGGAAAACGAGUAGCCUGUCGAAUGAAACGAACAGGCACAAGAGGAAGAGCCGUGACAUGGAGGAGUCUGAAUGUCCGAGUGAUGCGACUGAAUCGGAAUCGGCUGCAGGGAACAAGGCAAAGAACGGGACUGCUCGAAGGAGCCGUGUGGCUGAAGUGCAUAACAUGUCUGAGAGAAGGCGAAGGGACCGGAUCAACGAGAAGAUGAAGGCGUUGCAGGAGCUCAUCCCUCAUGCCAACAAGUCGGACAAGGCCUCCAUGUUAGACGAGGCGAUCGAGUACAUGAAAGCCUUGCAGCUGCAGAUUCAGUUGAUGUGGAUGGGGAGGGGGAUGGCGCCGAUGAUGCUCCCGGGCAUGCAGCACUACAUGUCGCGUGUAGGGAUGGGUGUCGGGCCAACCAUGCUGCCCGAGAUCCAUAACCUAAUGCGCUUGUCGCGCUUGCCGCCCAUGGAUCAAGCUAUGAGUGGGCCGAUCCAAGCUCCGGUCGGCCCUCAUAACCCGUUGUUGAACCCGGUUAAUUAUCCGAACCAUAUGCCAAGCUCGAGUUUCCAAGAGCAAUAUGCUAACUAUAUGAACUUCCACUCGAUGCAAAGCGCUUCGCCUCAGUCGACGAACAUGUUCAACUUCGGAUUUCGUCCGGCUCAGCAGAAUCAAGGCAACGGGAACACGCCCGUUGGAUGAGGAGGCCUAUGCAGUCGAGACGGUUUUCUCGAAAAAUCCACGAAACUGUGGUAUCGGACCGAUAACUCCGACGAUCAUGUGAUUUAAAUCCCUCAUACGAACACAAACACACACACACUCAAAGAUGAACUAUGUAAGUGUGUCACAUGGUUCACAUUGAUCAUUUUAAUACUCCAUGAUUUAUAGGCAAAAUGUUUUAGUAAUGGGAAAUGAGUUUUCGAUUUUCAUUUAGAACAAUCCAACUUUUUAGAUAUGUAUUAAUUUCAUUACAUUCACAUAAUGUAUUAUUGCAUUCCCUUUUACAAAGCUGAAAUAAAAGGAAUGUAGUGAUUCUUUUUA